AAAGUUGGUUAUUGUUUGGGCCAACGGUAGCACAGCUGCCCUGAGCACGUAGCCCAGUUAAUUUGCCAGCCAAUCAAGCGCAACUUAACAGUCAACUGGCAACGUUAAUUGACCAAUUACUGGCUAAAAGUGUAAAUUUGCCAGCCGCAGAACAGAUGAAAUUGCAAGUGCAAGUGCAAUUGAAAUUCGAAUUGGAAUUGUAAAUGCAAAACCUUUUGAUAGACAUUAAAAACUGGACACUCUAUAAUUGGUUGGCAAGUGAGAGCCAGUGCACAUCCUCAAUGCAGACUAAUAGAAAUCGCAAACACAGCUGCACCACAUUGGCAAAUAUGUCGAAGAACUGGCUGCAUCUGUUGCUGUUGGCCAUGCUCCUCGGCCUAAUACAGUUGGCCAACAAUGUCAAAGCGGAUGAAGCUGCUGCAGCUGUUGUGCAAAAUCAACAUGGUCUCUCUGCAGCCACGACACCUUUAACGCCUGAAACAACCACAGUAUCAGCGACAGCGACAGGAACAGAGGCAACAACAACAAGAAGCACACCUGCUGAGCACUCUGGGGAGGAUUGGCAGCCGAUUGUGAAUGCAACUCGAGCUCCACACACACAGAAACGGAACAGCAUACGGAACAACGGAAGCGACUCGCUUUUUUUGCGUUUUGCACGUAGUUUCUCCAGCGGCAAUGAGCUCUGGGAUGGAAUCAUACGCGAUUGCUACCUGAGACCCGACAUGUCCUGCUUUCAGAAGAAUGUUUACACGUACUUGGACGGUGCUCUGAAUAUGCAGGAUGUUAAUGUGACACAGCGUCUGAAGUUCUACAAGAAUCAAGUGGAGUACGAACCGGAUAAUGAAAUCGAAGAGACGCCAAACGUGGCACGAUCCGCCAGUCCGGAAACCCCCAUCGAGGAAGUGUCCAAUGCGUUGUACGGCAAAACGAUCAAAUUUGCAAUGACACACGAUGUGGAAGUUAAAUUACCGGAGAUUAUGUUCAAUGGUGCCACAUUUCGCAUUUCCCCCCGCGCUAUUGAAGGUAAUGGGGUCAUUGCCAAACUGGAACUGAUACCCAGACAGCUGGAGCAUCCUCGCUUUGCUGGCAUUAUCAAGAAGAAAAUCGACAAAUUUCUACGCAAUAAAUUGCUGCUGUCUUUCAUUGCAUUGGUGCUGAUUAUUAAGAUCAUCAAGAUCAAGUUAUUCUGGUUGUUACCAAUAAUUAUUGGAGUCGGUGCUGCCAAAAAAUUGCUGCUGAAGUUCCUGCUCUUCCUGUUCCCCGCAUUGUCACAUCUGUUCAAGCUGUGCUCCUAUUAUCAACAGUCCUAUCACGGCACCAAGUACCAUCAUCAUCAUCAUUUGAUCAACCAUCAUCACACGGUCGUGCCGCCAUGGCACAGUGGUGAGCAUCAUGCGGUGCCGGAUAUCAUAUACACACAUCCACCCAAGGGACAUCCUUCGGCUUUUUUGCAUGGCGCACCCGUGCAUGAGACUUACGGUCCUGGGCCAGGACAUGAGCACUUCGAGCCCGCUUGGGAGAAUAGCGGUCCUGGAUUAGGCUCUGAAUACAUAGGCGAUAUUAAUCGCGCUGCACACGUUGAGGAAAAUGCGCCUUACUUUAAGCCGCACACAAAUGAUGCAAAUGAGUUGCAUACCUGGGGCUUGGGCACAACACAGAGUUACGCAAAUCAACAACCGCAAAAGCAACAACAGCAGCAGCCGCAAACUUGGCCAGCUACCCAACAACAAAGGCCGCCCACACUUCAAAACCAGCAACAUCAACACCAACAACAACAUCAACAUCAGCAUCCACUUCAAAAUCAACAACAUCAUUUUGGUUUUCAAAAACCGCAUGCCUCUAGUCACAGCUUAAAUAAAUUACAAAGUCUGGACGAACAAAGCUCAAGGCCAUCCUUCACACAGCAUAGUCCUGUUUACGCAGCAGGACCCAUUCGACAGAAUGUCGGAUCCGGACCAACAGCUGCCCAAAUUGCCGCCCAAUACGAGCCGGCCCGCAACAACCAACACCAGCAACAGCAACAGGAGCCUCAGCUGUCGCCGUUAUUGGCAGCACAGCUGAAGGAGGCCAUUCGAAUUCAGGCUGAACAGCGCUUGAUCCAACAACAACAACAGAUUCUGGAGCAUCAGCCGUUUGUGCAGGAUGGACAGCCGCUGUAUCCACUUAACUACGAUCCAUUCUACAGUCCGAUAUUGCUGAAGAUCGAUAAAAUCAUAGAGCAGCUGGGCGUCAAGAAUGAUCUGUGCAAGGAGCGCAUCGUAUGCAACAUGUACAAGGAUCCGGCUACAUACAGUCCGCACAGCAACUUUAUAUCCGCUGAGCUCAGUCGAGACACCAGCGAACUGGAACCCGUCACAAAUGCCAAUGAGGCAGUGCGUCGCUUUUACCGGCUUAUACAGGCAGCCCGCGAUGGUCAGGAGCAAAAGGAUUGCCAAAGCCUCUAUCCACAGUGCAAUAUGCCAACAAAAUGAUAACGAUUCAUUUGAGAGCAGCAGCUGCUUUGAGUACGAGCAAUUUUUUGAGUCAACAUUUCCUUGUUAAAUCGAACUGUGAAUAUGCGAAUAUUUUUAUACAUAAAUUAAUUGUUAAUUUUUAUUUAUUUAUUUAUUUUACUUUUAAAAAAAUUUUACUAUUAAAAUGUUUUCUUUAACUGUAAGCAUCGAAUGUAAUGUAAACGGAUGACCACAUAAUAGCCCAAUUAAUAUUAAUUCUGAUUUUGUUGCAACUCUUUCAAUAUUUAUAAUGAUAAUUUACACCGAUAUUAACAUUACAAUUUUACAUUAAUGCGGCAAGCUUGUUAUCAAAAUGCAUCUCGGAUUAUAUCGAGAAAUGCGUUAAAAAAUGCACAACAAAAUAAUGAAAUCAGGAUUUUUAUUAAUUGGCAGACUGUCAG